AUGACUUUAACAUCAGCUCAAUCUUCAAGUCUUUCUCAGGCAUGUAUUAAUAAUGGAAUAUCACCAUUAAUAAGUAAUCAAGAGCUUAAUACAUGUAUACCACUUGCAUCGUUAGCGCCGGUUGCUAGUGCUGGUGGUAUUCCCACCGACACCGUAUUAAUUCAAGCAGCCGAUAAAUUAUGUGCUGCUGUGAAAUGUUCUGACAAUUUAAUCACAACCGUUCGUAACAACUUUGAACAAGCAUGUGCAACUGACUUGGAUAACCAAGUUCCAGCAGCAUUGGCAAUUGAUUUUAUCUUCAGCUAUUAUCCACCAAUUAGAGGUUCAUUAUGUUUAAAAAAUUCAACUAAUGGAUAUUGUUUUGUCGAAACUUUCGAUAAUGUGAAUGAAUACAUGAAAAAUAAUCCUAGUGUUGCCAAAUCAUUAUCAUUUGAUUCAGCAUUGGAUAUUCUUAGCCAAGCGCCAACAAAUAUUGUUUGUACAACUUGCAAUAAAGCAAUUGCAGGCAAUUUUUUCAAUUAUCAAGAUGCCAAUCCUAAUACGACUAAACGAUUUGCCAUUCCAGUAGCUAGUGUUAAAUCCGUUUUUGUAACUAAGUGUGCUUCUCUCACAAAACCAUUAACUGAUUAUUUCGAAACUCCACGCGAGAAAUUCUUUAGAGAAGAUUACCUAGACCCAACAAAAGAUCCAGAACUAACAAAUUCCACCAAAAGAGCCAAAGGCGUAAUUCUAAUACUGGCGAGGAAUGGUGAACUUGAGGGAAUAAAACCUUCAAUUGAACAACUUGAACGAUAUUGGAACAAUAAAUAUAAUUAUCCAUAUGUAUUUCUAAAUGAUGAUGAUUUCACGGAAGAAUUCAUUCAAGGAACAUCCUCAAUGAUGCCAAAAUCAACGGUCAAAUAUGGUAGAAUACCAAAAGAGCAUUGGAGUUAUCCCGAAUGGAUAAAUCAAACAAGGGCAGCAGAGAAUAGAGAAUUGUCAGCACAGAGGCAUAUCAUUUACGGGGGAUCAGAAUCAUAUAGACAUAUGUGUAGAUUUAAUUCUGGGUUUUUCUUUAGACAUGAAUUGCUAAAGGAUUAUGAUUAUUAUUGGAGAGUCGAGCCAUAUGUAAAUUUUUAUUGUGAUGUUGAUUAUGAUCCAUUUUUAUUUAUGGAAAAGAAUAAAUUGAAAUAUGGAUUUACAAUAACUUUUCAUGAAUUCGAAAAUACCAUUCCAACACUUUGGCAGACUGUUAGACAAUUUACCAAAGAGUAUCCUGAUUUAAUACCAAAAGAUAAUACACUCAAAUGGAUUACUGAUGAUGAUGGCGAAACUUAUAAUUUGUGUCAUUUUUGGAGCAAUUUUGAAAUUGGAGAUUUAAAUUUUUGGAGAAGUGAAAAGUAUUUGAAAUUCUUUGAAUAUUUGGAUAAUGCUGGUGGAUUCUUUUAUGAGAGAUGGGGGGAUGCACCAGUACAUUCAAUAGCAGCAGCUUUAUUUCUAAAUAAAUCUCAAAUACAUUUUUUUAAUGAUAUUGGUUAUAAACAUAACCCAUUCACCCAUUGUCCCGUCAAUAAAGAAAUACAAGAAUCCGGAAAAUGUAAUUGUAAUGCUUCUGAUAGUUUUGAUGAUAAUGGCUAUUCCUGUACAACAAAAUGGUUUGGUCUCUAA